AUCACGUGGCAGUGAUUGUGAGUCGCGGGACAGUAUAUAAGACCUGACACCACCACUCUCUCUACACGGAGAAAACAAACUUCUCAGGUGUACUUGUCUGACUAUCAAAAUGAGGGCUCUCACAGUUAUCUUUGCUCUGGCAGUAAUUACUGGCUGCCAUGCUCGUUCCCUGUUCCAGGCUGAUUCCCCUCAGCCCAGAUGGGAGGAGAUGGUGGAGCGGUUCUGGCAGUAUGUAGAGGAGCUGAACACACAAGCUGAUGGCAUGGCAAAGAACAUCCAGGGCUCCCAGCUUACCAGAGAGCUUGACACCCUCAUUACUGACACCAUGGGCGAGUUGAACACUUACAGUGAGAAUCUUCAAACCCAGCUGGCUCCAUAUGCCUCUGAUGCUGCUGGCCAGUUGAACAAGGAUCUUCAGCUCUUGACCACCAAACUCCAAACUGACAUGAACGAUGCCAAGGAACGCUCCAACCAGUACCUGCAGGAGCUGAAAACCAUGAUGGAGCAGAAUGCUGAAGAUGUGAAGAGCCGCAUCAACACCUACACUCGCAAAUUGAAGAAGCGUCUGAACAAGGACACAGAGGAGAUCCGCAACACCAUGACUACCUACCUGGGUGAGCUGCAGUCUCGUGCUUCCCAGAAUGCAGAGGCCGCAAAGGACCGUCUCCAGCCCUACGUGAGCCAGGUCAACGACGGUACCAACCAGAAACUGGAGGCCUUUGGCGGUCUGGUAAAGUCCCAUGCCCAGGAAAUGAGCGAACAGCUGGAGCUUCAGGCCGGAGUUCUGAAAGAGAAGCUCGAGCAGACUGCGGAGACCCUGCGCACCUCCCUGGAGGGACACGUUGAGGAGCUAACCAGUCUCAUCACCCCCUACUCCGAGAAGAUCCGUGAGCAGCUGCAGAUGGUCAUGGACAAGAUCAAGGAGGCCUCUGCAGCUUUUCCCGCUCAGGCUUAAGAACUCUGUCCAGUCAUCUACUGUAAACACCAAACAUAAAAAGAUAGAUGGUUUCUUGUUACUGUAAUAUGCUACUGUGGUAGGUUCAUAUGCGGUUAAGAUCUGGACUACUGGUGUCCAUUACUGGACAAAUAAAUAACUCACCAUGUUUACUUUCUCAGUAUUAACCCACUGAAUAUAUACUUUCAAUAAUUAGAAUAUAAAGUAUAGAAAAAUCUUAUGAGGAAUCAACAUGUCUUCAUGUUUCACAGUUGGGGGGCCAACUCGAAUUCAUAAUAAACAGUCACAAAGUGCUAUCGCGGUUUAAAAUAAGUCACUGGAAUAUAUGCAGAGAUGAGCUUUGUUAUCUAUAGCUCAAAAAUUUUACUAUGCAUGUUUGUGUGCACUGAAUUUGUUUACAAUAAAUGUUUGUCCUACAAUAAAAUUCAUUUUCUCAUUUGUUUCUUACUAA